UUACGUUAAAGCCAUUGAGCAUAGAUAAGUUAAUUUAAUGAUAUAACAUAAUGAAACGAGACAUUGUCAUUACUUGCGUGGAAUCAAACCACAGAGAAAAAAUGAUGACGACGGUAUUAGAUAGCAAUUAUCAACAAUUAAAUUCAUUCUCAGAGGAUGAAGGCGAAGAUGAUCAUGAAACUCAGUGUGAUUCAGGUAUAAUGAUUCAUGUUGUACCAGAAAGUGGAAAAUCACGAUGGAAUCAUAUCGAAGAUUUAGACUCUUUUUUUACAAGAAUGUAUCAUUAUCAUCAAAAACAUGGCUUUGCCUGUAUGAUGCUUCAAGAAAUGUUUGAACUCGGACAAUUUAUUUUUGUUGUAAUCUUUUCAACAUUUCUAUUUCACUGUAUUGAUUAUUCAAUUUUAUUCAAAGAAAAUACAACGGAUAAAAGGUCAAUAAGUGAUGCUAUAUUACCAUCAGCACAAUGCUUAGCAAACAUGGGUAUAAUUACUUGGAUAUCUAUUCUUGUAGCAAGUAUUUUUUGGUUUUUAAGAGUAAUCAAAGUUUGUUAUCAUUUUGUUCAAUUUUGGGACAUUAAAUCCUUUUUCAAUAUUGCUUUAAAAAUUAAUGAUAAUGAUUUGGAUAACUUAACUUGGCAUGAAGUUCAAAAAAGAGUUAUAGAAGUACAGAAAGAACAGGAAAUGUGCAUUCAUAAAAGAGAAUUAACCGAACUUGAUAUCUAUCACAGAAUAUUGAGAUUUAAAAAUUAUACAGUAGCAAUGAUUAAUAAGUCUCUUUUACCUAUACGACUAAAAAUUCCAUUUUUUGGUGAUGCUAUUUUCAUGAGCAGAGGAUUAAAAUAUAAUUUAGAACUAUUACUAUUUUGGGGUCCUUGGUCACCAUUUGAGAAUAGUUGGCAUUUGCAAGAAGAUUAUAAAAAACUAAAUAAACGUCAAGAACUUGCAAAAUCUCUAUCCAAACAUAUUUUGUGGAUUGGAAUUGCUAAUUUUAUACUUAGUCCAUUAAUAUUUUUUUGGCAAAUUUUGUACUCCUUCUUCAACUAUGGCGAGUUAUUAAAAAGAGAACCUGGAGCUCUUGGAACUCGUAUGUGGUCUUUAUAUGGUAGACUGUAUCUGCGUCAUUUUAAUGAACUUGAUCAUGAAUUAAAUGCCCGAUUAAAUCGAGCAUAUCGUCCAGCCGCUAAAUAUAUGAGCAUGUUUACAUCUCCACUAAUGACAGUGAUUGCAAAAAAUAUUGCGUUCGUAUCUGGCAGUAUUUUUACAAUUUUUAUUAUGAUAACAUUUUACGAUGAAGAUUUUCUGACUGUAGAACAUGUUUUAAUGAUAAUAACAAUAACGGGAAGCAUUGCAGCCAUAUGCAGAUCUCUUGUUCCAGAUGAAAAUCUUGUUUGGUGCCCUGAAAGUUUACUUACUGCUAUUCUUGCACAUACGCAUUAUAGACCAGAUAAUUGGAGAAAACAAGCUCAUACACAAACAACUAAAAUGGAAGUUAGUCAACUUCAUAUAUUUGAAGAGUUAUUAUCACCUAUUUUAACUCCGUAUAUUUUAUGCUUCCGAUUAAGAUAUAGAGCAAUAGAUAUAGUCGAUUUUUAUCGCAAUUUUACUGUUGAAGUAACCGGGGUAGGAGACGUUUGUAGUUUCGCUCAAAUGGAUAUUAGAAAGCAUGGUAACCCAAUGUGGCAAACAGUUACUCAUAAUCCAUUUUGUAAAGAACAAGAUAUUACAAGAUACGAAAAUCUUGAAUUUGAACAUAAAGGAAAAAAUAUUACUUUAUUAUCAAAUCAAUAUACUCAAGCUGAGAAUGGUAAGACCGAGCUAUCUUUAUUACAUUUUACCCUUACAAACCCGCACUGGAAGCCACCUAACUGUGCAGAAAACUUUAUUAUUGCUUUACGAGAAAGAGCUAAAAAAGAAGCAAUAACUAUCGAUUAUUCGGAUACUAAUCCAUUGUAUACUAGUUUGACCAGUUUAUCUAGUUUAGGGCCUGAGUACAAUGACAUAGUAUCUAAUAUUCUUAGAAAUUCUAUGAUCAAUCAAAUAACUAUGCCUAGUAUAAACACAAGUAUUAGUAAUUACAAUCAACAAGUAGCAGGAAUAUCUUCAAAUACAUCUAUUAAUACUCAGAAUGCUUCAAUAAUUACUGAAAAUAUUAAUGAAAACAAAUCAGAAAUUUUAACAAAAACUAUUAGACGAGGUGUUCAUAAAAUUGAGGGAUCAUUGCAUAUUAGUGAAAGAAGUUUACUUUAUGGUUUACAACAUAUACUCGGAGCACCUCAUCAAUCUUUUAGUGCAUCUAUCAUUGGAUCUGGAUAUCAAGAUGCAAAUUUCGAAUCUGCUACCCCCCUAGAAUUAACAGCUGUUGAUAUGUCAUUAUCUACAUUGUAUCUUCAUGAACUUCACCACAGACAAGUUCAAAAAUUGGGUUAUCACGAAGCAGCAACUCGGAACAUGUGGAAAUAUAAUUCGAUUGAAGAAUUAUCAAUGUUACCUGAACUAAGACAGGAACGUGCGCCCUUACUAUUACAUCAAGAUUCUUCUGUUAGAAACAAUAAACAUUCGUAAUGAUUUUCUAAAUACUUUUUACGUAUUGUAUUUUAUAUAUAUCACAUAUGUACAUAUGCAUA